CGAUCAGCUCUCCAAUUAUGCCAUAUCAUCAUACAUUCCUUCGAUAUCUGCCUUACUUCAGUCCCCGUGUUCUCCUGCGAGGCCGACUUUCAAACUAUUAUCGGUAAUCCAGCCUUCCGCUCCUGGUGUAUCCGCUAUUCCCAAUACAAAGGAAGAGUUGGAGUGUAUCCGCCGUCGCUUUAGUGAACGAACACAUGUCGUGCUUGAAGGCGAGCAAGGGACGAAGCCACGGGUAAUGAAAGGGAUGGAAGAGUGUAACUGGCUGCAUCUGGCGUGUCAUGGUGUCCAAAACCUAGAAGAGCCGACAAAGAGCGCACUUAUACUUGAAGACGGCCAUCUCACUCUUGAAGAAAUCAUCCAUCUCAACCUUCCCAAUGCAGAGUUCGCAUUUCUGUCGGCAUGCCAGACCACAAAAGGUGAUGAAAAGCUGUCGGAGGAGGCGGUUCACAUUGCGGGUGGAAUGCUGCUUGCCGGGUAUCGUGGCGUUGUCGCUACAAUGUGGUCAAUCCAAGAUGAUCUCGCACCCGAAGUGGCAGACGAGUUCUACGCACAUUUAACUAGAGACGUUCAGGAACCUAAUUGCAAAGAGGCAGCGGAGGCGCUUCAUUUUUCGAUUCAAAAACUUCGUAAGAAGAGGGACGUCCCAUUGACGGCAUGGAUUCCGUUUGUGCACCUUGGUGUUUAG